AUGUCCCUCUCACCCGCUGUCCGAGUCGCAAGGACCGCUACUCAGCGGUCGACGUCCCUGCUCCGUGCGAUCCAGUACAAUCACCCUCCGAGCUGCCCUUGUCACUCGAAUCCCAACCAUCACCAUGGCCCAUCUGUGUUUCGUGAGGCUCGACGACGACUUGCCACACCCAUCGACCAUGCACGAGAGAAAGAAUAUGCGUUCGAGCUGGCUGCCAGCUCCAUCCGCUUCGGGCCAGGCAGUACGAAAGAGGUGGGCAUGGAUUUCGCAAACAUGGGUGCGAAGCGGGUCUGCGUGGUGACCGACAGCAAUGUCGCGAAGCUCGAUGCGAUGAGGCAGGCGAUUGACGGCUUGACCAAAGAAGGUAUCGAGUUUACUGUCUACGACAAGUGCCGAGUGGAGCCCAAGGAUAGCUCGGUCAAGGAUGCCAUUGCAUUCGCAAAGCCCUACAACCCGGACGCUUUCCUGGCAGUAGGAGGAGGCUCGGUCAUUGACACGGCCAAAUUGAUGAAUCUCUACACCUGUUUUCCCGAGGCCGAAUUUUUGGACUUCGUCAAUGCUCCGCUCGGCAAGGGACUGCCCGUCACCAAACGUCUCAGGCCUCUCGUGGCUGUCCCAACCACGGCAGGGACCGGGUCAGAAACCACGGGGACGGCCAUUUUCGACCUGGUUGAGAAGAGGGCUAAGACCGGGAUCGCACACCGUAAUCUGAAGCCCACCCUGGGAAUCUGCGACCCGCUCAACACCCGCACCAUGCCUUCUGCCGUCCAUGCCUCGUCUGGUCUGGAUGUGUUGUGCCACUCCCUCGAGUCCUGGACGGCCAUUCCAUAUUACGAGAGAACCCCACGACCAACAAACCCGAUCAAUCGACCGGCGUACCAGGGUGCCAACCCCAUCUCCGACAUUUUCUCUCUGAAUGCCCUGAAGGCGACUGUCAAGUAUCUGCCUCGUGCAGCGAAGGAUCCCGAGGACUUCGAGGCUCAGAGUGAGAUGCUUCUCGCGGCCACUUUGGCAGGCGUUGGAUUUGGAAAUGCCGGCGUCCAUCUGUGUCACGGCAUGAGUUAUCCCAUCAGUGGACAAAACCCCGGGUACAAACAUGCGGGCUACCAGGUCGAGACGCCCAUUAUUCCUCACGGUGUCAGUGUGGCGGUCACGGCGCCUGCAGUGUUCAAAUUCACCGGGCCUAGCAAUCCGGAGCGGCAUCUGGCGGCUGCAGAGUGCUUCGGCGUGGAUAUCUCCAAUGUCAAGAAAGAAAGUGCUGGUGAAGUCCUGAGCGAAGCGCUCGCCGAAUUCCUGAUUAAGCUGGGGGAUCAACCCCGAGGCCUGAAGCCGCUGGGAUUCUCUCGGGAAAGCAUUGAUGAUUUGGUGGAGGGCACGCUGCCACAGAAGCGAGUACUGAUGCUAGCACCCACCCUCAGCGAGGAGCUGAACGAGGAGCGGCAGCAGCUUAAGGCGCUGUUUGAGGAGGCUUUGGAAUACUGA